AUGGCCAACCGCAUCCGUCCUACAUCUGCACCCGUAGGGCCCCUUAGGAUUGACCCAGAUUCUGAAGAUGGUUUACGCCCUGCGAGUAGUAAACGGUUUUCGAAAGACGCUGGCGAUUAUGACCUUUCACCUGCUGGUGCCGCAGCUAGUUAUGUGACCCGUGGCAGUUACCCAAGGCCAGGGCAAAGCACAAAGCAGGAUGUAUCUUCUAUUAGCAAAAAGGGCGAAGAACGGCUGAGUUCGAUUGGAUCAAAAACUGCCUACAGGUCCUUUCGGGAUAGCGGAGUAUCAGGCUUCGGCGAUGAGACUAUCAAGGAAGGGGACUCAGAAGCGAAGAUGGCAGCAACGGGAGCCGUGUCUACUAGUCGCAAACGAGUAGAGUCUAUGGCUAGUCCUUCUGACGGGGUAUCUGAUUUAGCUGGGGCCCUCUCUGCUGCAACGAUAAGCCAUAGGGUCUCCCAGCAUGGUAGACCUACUACAGAGAAAAAAGUGGAGUUCCAGAUAAAUCCGAAAAAGCCAUAUAACCCUGCAGUGACCAAUAUUCGGAGAGAGAUGUAUACCUCGCAUCCGCCUGUGGCUGUCACCCUAGAUGAAAAUCGAAAAAGAGAUACCCUCCAGGCCGCGGCGGUGUCAAUGGCACAGCAAAUGUACGCAAUCAUACCAAAGGAAGAUCCUCAGGAUAUUGAGACCUCCAGUUUCACAAUGGAAGAGCCGGAAGGACAAGCAUCGCAUCGCCAAUCCCUUCAGCGCGGAAGGGAAGGAGACGAACUGGAAGCUAGUUCCUCUUUAGCGCGAAGCAGCAACUACCGUCCACGCCCGCAGUAUUUUGCCGCCACUAGGGUCAGGCCACUCUCUCCAAGCUCGGCAGACAGUGGACGAUAUUUCGGCAGGCAAGCUAAACAAGCUCGCUCUCAGUCUAGGCGUAACAAACAUGAAGUCUACUACGACAAUAAUACUAUAGAUGCGGCGCAGAGGAAUGUGAAGAAGAUGAUGGAGAAUAUUGAUAACCACAUUUACAACUACCAUUCACGCCCGUCUCCGGCAAUUAUGAGAGAAUGGGAACGUCAAGCCAAUGAACGCGUUCUGGCAAACCGGGACCCGUCAUCUUUCGAGGUCGGCCCAGAGCAGAUGAGAGCUGGAGCACCACUAGUUCCAGCGAGAAAUGUGGAUGAUAUGGCAAGAGCGAGAGUUCGGCCAGCUCUGUACGACAUUGACGAUCAAGUGGCAGCACGAAAAUCGAGAAGAAUAACGGAUAAGCUUGAUGAAGAACGCUAUCAUCGGUUUAUUAGCUCGCAGAUGGCACGGGACAAAGAGGUCCAUCAACUAAAUAAGAUAAUUAUAGACGCUCUACGGCACCCUGAGAAGGAAAAGCAAUGGACGCAGGACGCAGAAAGGGAAAAGAAUGGAUAUGAAUCUGAUGAGGACAAAAUAUCGACAUGGCCUUAUCCUCCUAAGCGUAUCAUUCCUGAUGCAGAGAGUGAUCAAACGGUAUUCCAGGCACUGGAUGAAGGUAGAGCGGCUCCGCAGCGUCCACCACGUCCACCCACACCUCCAGAGCAGCUCGAAGAGCCUUCUGAACCAAUACUUCCUCCCGAUGAAACUGCAGAUGGUGUUGAUAGCGUUCAGGAAGGCGUUGCCGCGGAACAAGCAACGAAUGAAGAGACUGCCCUUACCGAGCAGGCUGGGUCCCAGGCUAAACAUGUACGCAGGCACAAGGCUGUCCACAAAACAUGGUUCACGAAACCAUCAGACAACGAUGCAGAAGAUGAGCCACCACGGGAGGUGGAACGAAUUGAAGAGAGAAUAGUGACUGAAAUCGAGAAGGAACGCCCUGCAACCCCUAUCCACGGCGCCAGUAGUAUCGGGGAUACUACUCCAUUGGCUACUGGGGCCCUCGGAGUUCCCGAAAGCCCACACCCUGUACCAUCAAGCCACUGGAGCAGCUCGAACGAGAGCGGGCCAGGCUCAGGUCGUGGAAGCCCAGGAAUGCAAAAACAGGACGAUAUUGAAAAGUCAAAGAAACGACUGGGGUUUCCACAUCUGUUCCAUCGGCAUGCUCGACGCAGUGGGAACCAAGGUUCUUUCUCCGUGAACAGACGCUCUGUGCCAGAAGCAAGUCCCCCUCCAACAAGCACUGUACCUGGGCAGUCAGCGGGUGAAUCUGUGACAACGCCCGGAUCCAGACUAUCCAGAUUUCAGGAGAAUAUUUAA